CGGGGAUAGUGUGUUGAUAAAGUGUGGAAUUUACAAACAACUACGCUUGUUCACCAAGGCUUAUCUGUGUGUGUCAGAACAUGACGAAAUUAGGAACUAUCAAUACCUGCCAUAGUGUUACACUGGAUGACACCCCCUCACACCUGAACAAAGGAUUGAACCCGUAACAAAGGAAGUGUAAGUGAUCUUCAUAAUGGGUGACCAGGGUGGCAGGAAAGGCCAGAGUCGACAACAAGGAAACAAGGUUGAUGCUGAUGCUAUUAGAUUUGAGGAAAGAGCCAGAAAUCUUGAACGUGCAGCUAAGGAUAUGCAGAAAAUGCUGAAAGAUAUUGCCAUAGAGAAGACCAAAGGCGGAGCCUCCCAGAAGCCCCCUAACAAGACUCCUAACAAGCCCCCUAACAAGCCUCCUGACAAGAUGAACAAAGAAAGCAGAGGAAGUAAAUCCCUGAUGAAUUUAAACUUUAGUGCAAAUAAACAGGUAAAGGGAAACCAAGGCCCACCUCAGGCACAGCGAGGAGGCAGUGGAAGAGGAAGGGGCAGAGGAUAUGGAGGAAUGCAUCAGAACGUAUCAUCACAGCAGCAACACUGGAACAGACACAAUGAUGGUCUUUUGGGUCUUCCCCCAUGCAAUCCAAGUGCUCCUAAAUUAUAUUCUGGAUAUCAUGGUCCAACUCAUCAUGAAAACCGUGGUCCUCAGCAUUUUCAGGGCCCAAGACCUCCAUAUUAUCCUCCACAAGGACCACAUGCUUAUGAAGUACCACAAUAUGAUUUUCCUUCACACUUUGGAGAACCUCCACCUUCAUAUGAAGAAUCAAGUAGAAAAAUGCCACUUAGGUGUAGCAGCUCUUUUGAUUGCCCCCCUCAAGUGCAGUCAACACCUGAAAAGCUGCCGCCUCAUUGCCAAGGAAAAUACAAGAAAAUGGCACCACCCUCUAGAUCAGUUGUUGAAGAAUUGGUGAAGGCCAUGACAUUGUUUAAAGGGCAGUGGUGCACUGCUGAGACCCUCAGUCGGCAGGUUCAAAAAAGUGUGGAGGAACUCAUGGAAGUGGUGAAGUCUUGUAAGAAUAUAUUUUCCUUUAUGGAGGGGAAAAAUGGGGUGAUGAUUGAGCUUGUUCCAAAAGUGAACUUAUGUUCAGCCCACUUGUCUGAGGAAGGCUGUCUUUCUCCUGGUUCUUGUAAGAAUCUUCAUCUAUGUAAGACAUUUGUAAUGGGAUUUUGUAAUGCGGGUGCCUCAUGCCAGUUUGGGCAUAGAUGGGAAACUGAUCACAACAAUUCUCUACUUUCAAAGUUGCAUUUAUCUCUGAUUGAUAAAAAUGAUUUACGUCUCGUGAUCAGAAAGGUCUGCAGAGGAAAGGAUUCCCCUAAAAUAUGUUAUUUUUACAAUGAUAAAAAUGGAUGCAGGAACAAUGAGAAAUGCAAUUGUUUUCACAUCUGUAAAGAUUUUGUAGUGAAUAGAGGAAAGUGUUCUGUGUCAAAUUGUUCCCUCAACCACAAUCUCUUCACCGACAACUGUAAAAGGCUAUUCAAGCGUUACGAUAUCUCCAUCAAUGAGUCCCCACGUGACAUUUUGAUAAAAUUAAUGUCAUUAACUCAGGAUGAUAACCAACAGUCUUCUGCAUCAGCCAAUGUGAAUACUGGUGAUGCCAAGGAUGAAGGCAAGAAGAAAGCUCAGAAAUCAGAACCUAAAGAUAACAGUAAAAAUGAUGCUUCAACAGUAUCAUCUGGAAAAUCAGCAAAUGAAGGGGAAAAGAAGGGGAAAAAAUCUGCUGAAAAGAAAGAGGAAGACAGUUCAUCAGAUAGUGACAGUGAUUCAUCUUCUGAGCAGAGUGAUGCUGGAGAUAGCCAUAGUAAAGGCCAGAAAAAAUAUAAGAAAGAAAGAAAAGCUAAUACUGAGGGUGAAAGAAAACCCAAAAAGAAAAAGUCAACCACUGUCAACUCGACUGAUGUUUGUGGUGAUGUACAGAUACCAGAAGUAUGUAUUUUUGCCGUUAAUGAUAAAUGUAUAAACACCAAGAAAGGCUGCAAGUAUCUUCAUGCAAAAAGUCUUUUUCAUUGGCAGUUUGAAAAGGAGAAAAAAUGGUACAACUUUCGCGUAUUUCAGUCUAAAGCUCUAGAAAAUGCUUACAGGGAUGUUUCCAAUGGCGGUGUCCAGAUACCUCCCUUUGACGAAAGCAAACUAGAGUCCUUUGCUAAAGACAUGCUGAUGCUUUUGGGAACUGAGUCAUGGAUGGCAAACUUCCAGGAUAUGACUUUAAACAAUUCUUCAAGAACCAAACAACUUAAUAUCCGUCGAUUGUCAACUCGAUCAGCAACUGUGUCUGCAAGUCCAAAAUCUACUGUUUUUGAAUGGUACUUUCUUGAUGAACAAGGCAAGUGGAUCCGCUAUGGUCAGGUAGAUAGUCUUGGUAAACAGGAACUUGUGUGCCACAUAUCCUCAGAGGAUAUUGAAAAGCAAUAUUUAUCGGACCCCACUUCGUCAAUGAUAAUAUGUAAUGCUCAUUUUAAUUACAAAUUGGAUUUCUCACAAAUGACUCAAAUUAAUCAAAAUACAAACACUGCAAAGGAGAUUCGGCGUCGUCCAUCACGACUCUCUUAUCAGAGACCCUCACCAUCUGACUCGGUCCAGUCAUCCCUUCCGGCUCACUGGAUACCAAUGGGAAACCAUCAGACCCACUUUCCUGUUACUCUGGUUCCUAAUGACAAAGAAUUUCUGGAAGUAGCUGGACGUGUGCGACUUAUGCUUCCCACUGCCAACAUACAGAAGAUUCAGAGACUUCAAAAUCCAUAUUUAUGGCACCUUUUGCAGAAUAAGAAAGCAGACUUAAGUCAAAGGUAUGAUGAAAACCAGUUGAAUUUUCAAAAGCUGUUCUAUGGAACAGACCCCUCAAAGAUUGACACCAUAUGUAAGGAGAAUAUUGACUGGCAACAUGGUACAACAUUUCAACAGGACUAUGGGAAAGGCGCUUACUUUUCCAACAGUGCUGCAGUUGCUCGCAGUCAUUGUACUGUAGAUGGGAAUGGCCACUUCUUCGUAUUAUUGGCAGGGGUCAUAAUAGGGACAGUGACAAAAGGAACGCCAACUCUCACCCGGCCACCCACAAAUCUGUCUACUGGUAAGCAGUACGACACAACUGUGGAUGAUGUGCACGCCCCAACCAUCUUCGUUAAGUAUGAUAAGGGAGAGUAUUAUCCCGAGUAUAUUAUAGAAUUCUACUAAAAGGCAGUAACUACUGUACAGUAUAUAUAUAUAUUAAAUGUGCUCCAUGAAUUUUGUGUCAUCCUGGAACACAUUUUGAAUACAGUACUGUGUCAAACUGCCUCUUAAAUCUCCCAGUGCCUUACAGUUAACGAUUUUCACUAGAUCUUAGCACCUAGUACAGUAAUGGAAAUACGUCUCACUCGUACAGUAUAAAUGCCUCCACCUUUCUGCCUACAUACAGUACAUGUUGCAUGUUCUCUGUUUGUGUUUCUUUGUAAACCAGAGACGGUAUAGUGCAGUAAACUGAUAUGUUUCAGUUUUUGCUCUGUAACAUUGUUAUAUGUGUAUUACAAAUAAAGAUAGAUCUUUCUUGCGUGACAAGAACCAAAUUUAUAAUAAAUAUGUUAUGUAUACCUUAACUGUUACAGUAUUGUCUUUACAGGACUACAGUACUUUAGUUUUUACAUAAAGUGAGCAGCUAAAAAUGUUAAGAAAAUUAAUUAAUAUUUUGUUGACUCUGAAUUGAGUUUAAGAAACGUAUAUAUCUUUGGCUUUGGGAGAACCCUGUUGGUGUAAGAACAGUAUUUGUACAACACACACACACACACACACACACACACCAUACGCAGGGAGAGAGAACUUCGCUACAGCAAAGAUAAUUUUUUCUAAGUUAGUUAUUAAAAUGUUAAUCAAGAUAUAACAAGUCGCUGAUUUACAUUGUAGACACUAUAUUCCCGGGGCACAUUUUCAGUCGUCCUAACCCUAAGUUUUUCAGUGAACCUCAUACAGUGAAGCUUUUCAUUAGCAUGAACCAAAGUAAAGUACUAAGUUAAAAAGUUAAAUGGCAAGUUGAAAUGGUAUGUGACAUUAAAGUACAGUGCAGGUUUAAAACAAGAGAAGUUUUCAGUCAUUUUAACCUAACUUUUUCACAACUUCAUACGGUAGAGCUAUUCAUUGUGUAUGAACCAAAGCAGACUAUUAACUUUGUGUUAUAAUAGCAUACUGUACUGAAGUUCUGUAUAGGUUAAAAAUAAAUGACAUCUGUGAAUACACAUUUAUUUACAAAAAAAAAAUCUCUAAAUGGUGAAGCCAUGACACCACUCACAAGCAGCUGCCACACCACGAGACUCACCUCAUAAUUAUUCUUUCUCCACUUUUCUUUAAUAAGCAUCACUUAUACAAUUAAAACAAAAAGACUCUCAGACUUAAACUAACCAAGUAUGUCUAAAUGCACAUUGCUUUCCUCUGCAAUGUCACUGUCAAGGUCACUCUCCUCCCCAGCCAGUCUUCCCCAGGUGUCAUCUUGUCCCAAACCUCUCUUCACACUUCCUGAAUUUUCAUGUCUAAACUGAUGGAAACAUGAGAUUUCUUGAGUACAGUACCCGCAGGACUGUUUGCAGAAUGUUUUCCAUUUAUUUAUUUUUUUUUUUAAUAAUGGGCUCAAAAAUAUUUCACAGAGCAGCACCAGUUGUUGUCACUGGCAGAAUGCGUGAAACUGAAUUUUGGCGAGCUGGGAGAGUGUAGGUGAGGCAUGAGAUUCAAACUGAUGCUAUAUCAGACUUCAGCAACUUAUAUCACUCUUGUUCCAUAAUUAUUAAACCACUUUAUAUCGAAAUGGUGUAAAUCAGCGAAUGAUUAUCCUGACGAAUCUGAAGAUGGAGACAAAGAGGUUUUAUCAAGAUAAAAGUCUGUUUGCAAUGUGAGCAUUAGAUUAAAGAUAAAAUACUGUACCUGUAUAGCAUUACCUGUAAAUUGCAAGUAGAUUACCCGAGGUAGGCAAGUAUGAAGUUGUUUCCUGGGCAAAAUGAAGCAAACUUUAUAACUAUAUAUUAGUCUGAGCUAUUAGAUUAAUUUGGUGUGUCAAUUGACAUUCUGCCAUGUUAGCAUGUACAGUACUGUAUUAUUAAUGUGCUGGUCGAGGCUGUAGGAUGAAUAAGGCCUGGAUGUACCCAUGGAUAUUUGUAAGAUAACUUCACCUGACCCAAUGUAACACAUCCAGGUGUCAAAUGUCAGCAUCCAAACAACCAUAAACACCAACUGAAGUCUACUUUCUGCUGGUGUGUAUUGUUACUGUAAAGACUUAUAUUUUUGGGAGGAGGAUGUAAUAAUGACUUGAGACUUUUUACAUGGCCUGAUGUUUCUUAAUGUAAAGACUUAUCUUUUUGGGAGGAGGAUGUAAUAAUGACUUGAGACUUUUUACAUGGCCUGAUUUCUCUUAAUGUAAAGACUUACCUUUUUGGUAGGAGGAUGUAAUAAUGACUUGAGACUUUU